AUGACCUCGCAAUGGACACAAGCAAUAGGUCCUUCAUCUAUCUGGGGACUACAGGACAACGUACUGGAGCAGAUUGAAGCCAUUUUGGAGGCCAGAGUUGCAGCAGAGUUUUACUUUCUGGAACGUAUCGGACAAGAGCUAACGGCACUCAACGAUGGUUUGGACGCGCUACUCUAUCCAACAAGGGUCAUCAAAGGCAAACUAGAAAGCGAGCCCAAUCCGCUGGCGGAGCUCUGGAGAACGACAUACUUCGGCAAAUUCAUAUCUCAAUUCGUAUCACUUGUCGAUGACGAUUUCAACGCCGGGAAGCAAGAGUACGAGCGCCUCAAGCAGGAACUCGAGACAUUCAAGACUGGAGCCCAAGCAAUCCGAGCCAGUCGACCAAAUACCACGGACGUGGACCAACUGGAACAAUCCUUGGUGACCGCUUAUAGACGAUGCGAGAACGCCCAAGAGGUUUACGAGAAGCGAUGCAAGGAGUUUCAAGAUGUCAACGCAAAGCCGAAGAGCAGGCUAGGCUCCCUAAAGAGCAGCAAACACAACCGGAAUCCGUCUACUAGUUCCUUGCUUUCUAUGGACGACCCGGGCAUUAAUACAGCGGACCACGAUUAUAGAAAAGCCAUAGUAGUGGCCAAUACUCUUAGGGAACAACGCAUCGCCAUUUACCGCGCGGGAUAUCCAACACUCCAAAAGUCGACUGAACAAACACUGGAACUCGUCAAAUCUGCCAUGCUUGUUCAGUCCAGUCUCGCAACCGAACGCGCUUCCUCUAGAGCACGUCGAUAUGAGACCACGGUCGAUCAACUUAUGACGUGGAAACCUCACAAGGACGCCGCCGAACUUUGCGCGUUCAUUCCAUCGGAGCAAAAUCUCAUACCACCCGAAAUCUUCCGGCAUGAUGCAAUCACAGGGUGGAUGAAGCGUGUACUAUUCUGUGUGCCCAUUUCUUAUCUACCAUGCAACCGCGAAGGUGUUCCUCGGAUAUUGGAGCAAUGCUUUGGUGUCUGCCUCAGUAUCCUAAAGCAGGCCAAUUGGGAUGAACAGGAAGCCGCGCAUUUUGCAACUACCCCAAAACUGUCGGCGUCACGCUUCGAAGAAGUCAUCAUCUCAGUCGAAAAGGAGGAAUCCGAGCUCACUGUCACCGUCCGAAAUAUCCCAGAAGCUCUCGGGUUGAUGAAUUACUUGUUCUUCUCCCUUCCAAGACCAUUGCUCCAGCUCAACGCUACAAUUAUCGCCGACCCGGAUCUAUCUCGAACAUGGUGGGAAUCCUCUCGAGAUCAGAGAAAAGUCGUGGAGCUUUUCCGAGCCGAUAGUUUGGAUAGAACCGCAGAGCGAACGCUUCGAUUCCUCCUAGAACGUAUAUCCCAGAUUCUACCACAUGCCCGAAAUCUUCAUAUUGUCGACGUUGCCAUGGCAUGGGCGCGGCCUCUCUUCCAGAAUCCUAGGCCAAGUAAUGCAGAGGUUACGGUUCUCUGUGUUCUUUUCCGUCAAGCACUACUUUUGCAUCGACACGAUCACGAUCAACGCUGGCUGGCUCUCUGGACAAGGGGCUCCCUUCAGCGUAGCGGGACACUGUUAGGAAACGGCUACAGUAGUAGCGCUGCAUCUACCAAUAGCGCAACCUCGAGCGGCACCCUUACGCAACCUCCGUCCCGUCAAUUAACAACGACGAGCUCACAUAAGCCCUCGCCGAGCAGAUCUACGUUCACACAAUACACUCACAAAUCCUCCCCAAGCCAGUCCCAGUCGAUCUCACGUCAAGCUACGGGUGGUUCCAAGAUGAUUUGA